CCAUCACUCUGGCCGCUCGUUAGAGCCAAAAGAAAUGGCACCAAAGAAGAAGCAAAACAGCAACAAAAAACCGAAUACAAAACCCCAAUCGUCAUCGUCGUCCGGUCCUCGCCUGCAAAUUUCAGCGGAGAAUGAGAAUCGGCUGCGGCGGCUUUUAAUUAACUCGAACCGGUCGAUCACUCAACCGCCGCCUCCGGUUCAAGAGAAUAAUCUCUCGAAAGCUCAAAAGGCUAAGAGACUUAAAAAUGUGUAUGAGAAGCUUUCAUGUGAAGGUUUCUCUAAUGAUCAAAUUGAACUCGCUCUUACUUCGCUUAAGGAUAAUGCGACAUUUGAAUCUGCUUUGGAUUGGUUAUGCUUGAAUUUACCUGGAAUUGAGCUUCCUUUGAAGUUUUCUAGUGGAACUUCUCUUUACUCAACAAAUGAAGGUUCUGUUAGUGUUAUAUCAACUGCGCGGGAAGAUUGGACUGCUUCAGAUAAUGCUACUAGGACUGAGGAUGUGGAACCAGUUUCUGUUAGAAUCAAGGGGCGGUGGGAUGAUGAAGAUACUCUAAAUUCGCGCCAACCAUCACAGGCAGAUUGGAUCAGGCAAUAUAUGGAGCAACAGGAUGAGGAUGUGUCUCAAACCUGGGAAGAUUAUGCACCUGAUGGGAGUUUUGUUAACAAGGAUCCUGUUCCACGGUCUUAUGACAUUAUUGUUAAAGAAUACUGUGCAGCACGACUGGAAGCUACACAAGCUAAAGAAAAAAAAGAUAGGAAAAGUCAGGAGCAAGCUGGUCAAGUUAUUCGCAAACUUAAGCAUGAAUUGCCUUCUCUAGGAUUAUCGGAGGACAUAUUGGAACAAGAGUUUGUCCAUGAUUUUGCUUUACCUUCUGUGCCUGAAGGCAUGCUUGCAAGUUCCACGCGGGAUGAGAAACUUCAGGCCAAGGCAUCAUCUUGUGCAGAAGACAAUGUGGUCUUUGUUUUACCAUCAAAGGAGUUACCAGCAGAUUCAAGUGAGAUAGAUUGUUCAAGUUCUCUUGCAAUUCCAGUCGAGUGCAUUCCUUCCACUGUACCUGUUCAGAAUAAAACUAUCUUAGAAGAUGAGGCUGGAGAUGUAGAGCUCGGUGAUUUCUUUUUGGAGGAUGCUGUGUCUAAUGAAGCUUUAUCUUCUGGAGUGUUGGAAUUACAGAAGAAGGAAAAACUGAGAGAAUUCUCCAGUGAGAAGAAUUUAGAGAAAUUGGAUGGAAUCUGGAAAAAGGGAGACCAACUGAAGAUUCCUAAAGCUGUUCUUCACCAACUAUGCCAAAAAUCUGGGUGGGAAGCUCCAAAAUUUAACAGACUGCAUGAAAAGAGAAAAGGAUUUUUUUAUUCUCUUAGCAUAUUACGCAAAGCCAGCGGUAGGGGCAAGAGUAAAAAAGCUGGAGGACUGGUCACUCUUCAGCUUCCUGACCAAGAUGAAACUUAUGAAACUGUUGAGGAUGCUCAGAAUAGAGUUGCAUCAUUUGCUCUUCAUCAGCUUUUUCCGGAUUUACCGGUACACUUGAUAGUUACCAGCCCGUACGCAUCUCUUAUUUUGGGGUGGAAAGAAGAGGAAUUAUCAAGCAAAGUUGAAAACAGUAUAGAGGAUCGGAGGGCUGGUUUUGUGGAUCGAUUACUGAAUGCAGAUGAAUUGGAUACCAGUGUUGGUUCUAUUAAUAGGCCCUCAGAAACAAUACAAAUCUCGCACAUUGAAGAAAGGGAUAGUUUGAGUAAUGCUGGUGCUGAUUUAGCAACACAAAGAGAGAACCGUGUUGUAGAUGUGGAAAGCUCUUAUUUGAGACAGGAGCAAGAGAAGAAAAAGAAAAUGCAGAAAUACAAGGACAUGUUGAAAAAUAGAGCUGCUCUUCCUAUUGCUGGAUUACAGAAUGAGAUAUUGCAAAUGCUAAAGGAAAAUAAUUUUCUCGUAAUUUGUGGGGAAACAGGUUCUGGGAAGACUACACAGGUUCCGCAAUAUAUAUUGGAUGACAUGAUCGAAUCAGGAUGUGGUGGACAGUGUAACAUUAUAUGCACGCAGCCGAGGAGAAUAGCGGCUAUUUCUGUGGCUGAAAGAGUUGCUGAUGAGCGAUGUGAACCUUCACCUGGUUCAAGUGGCUCUUUGGUUGGUUAUCAAGUUCGUCUUGAUAGUGCAAGGAAUGAGAAAACAAAACUACUAUUUUGUACAACAGGGAUUCUUUUGAGGAAGCUGGCGGGAGAUAAAAACUUGACUGGCAUAACCCAUGUCAUAGUUGAUGAGGUGCACGAGCGGUCCCUUUUGGGUGAUUUUUUACUCAUUGUUUUGAAGAACCUGAUAGAGAAGCAAGCUGAUCAUGGCACACCGAAGCUGAAAGUUAUUCUUAUGUCUGCAACUGUUAAUUCAACUUUAUUUUCAAGUUACUUUGGACACUGCCCUGUUCUUACUGCGCAAGGCCGAACUCAUCCUGUGACAACUUAUUUUCUUGAGGAUAUAUAUGAAAGUAUUGAUUAUCAUUUGGCUUCAGAUUCUCCAGCUGCUUUUAGUAACCAAACUUCCACAAUUAAUAAGAGUGGUUCAGUGAACAACCGUAGAGGAAAGAAGAAUCUUGUCUUAUCUGGAUGGGGUGAUGAUUCUCUACUUUCAGAAGACACUGUUAACCCGGAUUACGAUUCAAGCAGUUAUCAAUCCUACUGUGAGCAAACACAUAAGAAUUUGAAAAGGUUAAAUGAAUAUAUCAUUGAUUAUGAUCUGCUAGAAGACUUAAUAUGCCACAUUGAUGAAACAUACGGUGAAGGUUCAAUACUUGUUUUUUUGCCUGGUGUAUCAGAAAUUCACAUGCUGCUUGACAGGUUAGUAGCUUCUUAUCGAUUUGGGGGACCAUCAUCAGAUUGGAUUCUCCCUUUGCAUUCGUCUAUAGCUUCAGCGGAUCAGAAAAAGGCGUUUUUACGUCCUCCUGGGAAUAUACGUAAGGUUAUUAUAGCAACAAACAUUGCAGAGACGAGUAUAACAAUUGAUGAUGUAGUUUAUGUGAUUGAUUGUGGAAAGCAUAAGGAGAACCGGUAUAAUCCUCAAAAGAAAUUAACAAGUAUGGUUGAAGAUUGGAUAUCUCAAGCAAAUGCUAGGCAACGCCGUGGAAGAGCUGGGCGUGUUAAACCUGGAAUUUGUUUUUGUUUGUACACACGUCACAGAUUUGAGAAACUCAUGCGGCCAUAUCAGGUCCCUGAGAUGCUUCGUAUGCCGUUAGUGGAACUGUGUUUGCAAAUUAAGAUACUUUCUCUUGGUCAUAUAAAGCCAUUUUUAUCAAAGGCUUUGGAACCUCCUAAGGAUGAGGCCAUGACCUCUGCGAUUUCGUUGCUAUUUGAGGUUGGAGCUGUGGAGGGGGAUGAAGAGUUGACGCCUCUUGGACAUCAUUUAGCAAAACUUCCUGUUGAUUUAUUGAUCGGAAAGAUGAUGCUGUAUGGUGCAAUAUUUGGUUGCUUGUCACCUAUUCUUUCAAUAUCUGCGAUUCUUAGCUACAAAUCACCUUUUGUGUACCCAAAAGAUGAGAAGCAAAAAGUUGAAAGAGCAAAGCUUGCACUGUUGACUGAUAAGGUAGAUGGCUCUGGUGAGUUGAAUGACGGUUACAAGCAAUCUGACCACAUCAUAAUGAUGGUUGCGUACAAGAAAUGGGAAAACAUUUUGAAUGAGAAGGGAGUUAAAGCUGCACAACAAUUUUGCAGUUCUCAUUUUCUGAGCCAUUCAGUACUGUACAUGAUAAGAGACAUGAGGAUACAAUUUGGAACCCUGCUAGCAGACAUAGGGUUUAUUAAUCUUCCAAAAAAUUAUCAGAUUUUAGGAAGAAACAAAGAGAAUCUCGAUGUUUGGUUGUCUGACAAAUCGCAGCCUUUUAAUAUGUAUUCACAUCAUUAUUCAAUUGUAAAGGCCAUCUUAUGUGCAGGUUUAUACCCCAAUGUGGCUGCUAGUCAACACGGCAUCACUGCAACAGCUAUCAACAACCUCAAACAGUCUGCUAUAUCUGCAAAAGGUCAUCCAGUCUGGUAUGAUGGAAGAAGGGAGGUUCAUAUACACCCUUCUUCAAUCAACAGUAGUGUAAAAGCAUUUCAGCACCCAUUCCUCGUCUUCCUAGAAAAGGUUGAGACCAACAAAGUAUAUCUGCGGGAUACUACUAUUGUAUCUCCCUACUCAAUAUUGAUGUUUGGUGGAUUCAUUAACAUUCAACAUCAGACAGGACUGGUCACCAUGGAUGGAUGGUUAAAGCUAACAGCUCCAGCGCAAUAUGCUGUCUUGUUUAAGGAGUUCCGAUCAGCUCUCCAUUCUAUACUGAAGGAACUUGUUCAGAAGCCAAAGAACACAACAAUCGUUGAUAAUGAGGUCAUCAAAUCUAUGAUCCAGUUGUUGUUAGAUGAAGACAGACCUUCAAAAUGAUUUACAGAGCGACAAACACUGAGGGAGGCAAUGGUUUAUCUUGUCUAUUUGAUGCUUCACCCUAUAUGUAUCAAGCUAGCUACCAUGGAGGAUUCAAAUGUUGGUUCCAGAAUUCGUCUAGGCAGAAUGUGAGAGCUUAAUCUUAUCUUUCAUGCCCAAUCAUGUUCUAAUCUAAUGCAUCGGUAAGUAAACUUUAGAGGUCAAUGUAAUCAUUAGGCCUGGUAUAAUGGAUUCAAUGCGAUAUGAAUAAUUGAUAUUGUUUCACAUAUAUAUAGAAAUUCUUAAAUAAGUAUAUUUUAUACGAAA